AUGAAAAUUUUUUUUUUAAUUUUUUUUUUUUUUUUAAUUAGUAAUAAUAAAAAUGUAUCCUCAUCUAAUGAAAAUAAUUUUGAUAACCCAAAUAAUUUUUUGGUUCUCAGUAAAAUAAAAAUAACAUCUUUAUAUUAUAUAGGGAAUAAAAGAGAAGAAAAAAAUAUAUUAAGUAGAACAAUAGAAGAAAAUGAAAAUUCCUAUAUUUUAAUAGAUAAGAAAGUAAGUUUCUAUGACAUGAUAAAUAUUAGUUGUUCAUUUAAAAUAAAAAAGGAUUUUGAUAAAGCAAAAUUGAGAAUAAUUUUAAUAAAGAAUUUAAUGGGAAAUAAUAAGGAAUAUAAAAAUUCUUCAUAUGAUAUAAAAGAAUUAAAAAAAAAUGAAACAUUUAUAUUUACAAAUGAAUUUAGGAAUAAUUUAGUUAUUUCUAAUUUAUCAAUUUUAGUUGUAAAUAUGAUAGCUCUUAAUGGGUAUUAUAAUUUUGAUAUUUUUAUAACAGAUGGCAAUAAUUAUAUAAAAAUACCUUUUAUUAAAAUUUUUUUACAUUUUUAUAAUAAUAUAUCAAUAACAAAAUAUCCUAUAAAAAAGGAAAAUAUGAUAAUAAUGCUUACUAUGAGAAAAUAUUUAAUUAGGAAUUAUAAAAAAAACUUAUUACAAAGUGUUGUUUAUAAUUACAGAUAUUAUUAUUCACUUCCAUUAGUUCAAGAAAAUAAAAAUUAUGAAAAAUAUAAACAAAUUGACACGAAACUAAUUAUAUUAUUUUUACUUCUAAUGGCAUAUUUAUUUAUAGUAUAUAUUUAUUUGAUUUUUAUUUAUUUGAAAUAUAAUAUUAAAAAUAUUCAUACAAAUUAUUGUAAUUAUGUAUUCAUAUUUUCUUUAAUGUCAAUUAUGUUUCUGUUCAUUUUAUAUGAUCUUUUUUUUAAUAUUAUUCAAAUAUCCUAUAUUUUUAUUUUUUCAUUUACUUUUUUUUUGGUAAUUUUUUACAAAACUUUGAUAAGUUUAAGGGAAUUUAGGAAAUGUGAAUAA